UAAUGCGCCUAAAACCUGUUCGCUAAUCGCGAUUAAACACAAACGAAGAAGAAGUUGAGCUAGUGCUAAUAGCUAGCCAAGCGUACGGAUCGGCCAGUUUCUUCUAGAAAAAUGGAUGUAAAUCAGGCGAAACAGGAGCAUCUACUUGCAUUAAAGGUGAUGCGGUUAACAAAACCGACUCUCUUCACAAACAUGCCAGUGACAUGUGAAGACAGAGAUCUCCCAGGGGAUUUGUUCAGCCAACUUAUGAGGGAAGACCCAUCCACCAUUAAAGGAGCGGAGGCAUUAAUGCUUGGAGAGAUGCUUACCUUACCACAGAACUUUGGAAAUAUAUUUCUCGGUGAGACCUUCUCCAGUUACAUAAGUGUGCAUAACGACAGCAACCAGGUGGUGAAAGACAUUCUCGUGAAGGCCGACCUGCAGACCAGCUCACAGAGGCUCAACCUCUCGGCGUCAAACUCUGCAGUAACUGAGCUCAAACCGGAGUGCUGCAUCGACGAUGUUAUCCACCAUGAAGUCAAAGAAAUUGGAACUCAUAUCUUAGUUUGUGCAGUCAGUUAUACCACUCAGUAUGGGGAGAAACUCUAUUUUAGAAAGUUCUUCAAAUUCCAGGUCUUGAAGCCGCUGGAUGUGAAAACAAAGUUCUACAAUGCAGAGAGUGACCUCAGUUCUGUGACUGAUGAGGUGUUUUUGGAGGCUCAGAUCCAGAACAUCACGACCUCGCCGAUGUUCAUGGAGAAGGUCUCUCUAGAGCCCUCCAUGAUGUACAAUGUGACAGAGCUCAACACAGUGGCAUCUGGAGAUCUAGGAGAAUCUACAUUUGGGAAAAUGUCCUAUUUGCAGCCCUUGGACACACGGCAAUACCUGUAUUGCCUGAAGCCCAAGCCUGAGUUUGCUGAGAAGGCUGGCAUUAUAAAAGGUGUGACGGUGAUUGGCAAGCUCGACAUUGUGUGGAAGACCAAUCUAGGAGAGAGGGGGAGGCUGCAGACCAGCCAGCUGCAAAGAAUGGCUCCUGGGUACGGAGAUAUCAGGCUGUCGUUGGAGAUGAUUCCUGAUACUGUGAACCUUGAAGAACCGUUUGACAUCAUCUGUAAAAUAACCAACUGCAGUGAGAGAACCAUGGACCUGGUGCUGGAGAUGUGCAACACAAGGUCGGUCCACUGGUGCGGUGUGUCAGGGAGACAGCUGGGCAAAGUCAGUCCUAGUGCCUUCCUCACGCUGCCACUCAAACUCCUGUCGUCCGUCCAGGGUUUGCAGAGUAUUUCUGGAUUAAGGCUCACAGACACAUUUCUGAAGAGGACUUAUGAAUAUGACGACAUUGCUCAAGUCUGUGUUGUCUGCCCAUAUAUGGGCAACGAGUGCUAGUCCCGUGUUUUGAUUUAGCCUUUUGUAUCCCAGAUUUGAAUGGACCAACUGUGGUUUUUUGCACUUCUGCUGACUUGCACCAAAAGGUGAUCAUGUUUAAAUAUGUACUGUAUAAAUUACUUUCUUUAAGAUGAAUUAUGUUAAAUGUGCAUAAAUGGGAAUAAAAUCGCUGUAAAUUGUAACCGUC